CCCUCGACAACAACAGGUUAGCAUCAAUUGAGAGAGGAUCAGAUGCGUGCUGCAUCAGUCGCUGCUGUUGGAGACAAUGAUGCUGCUGGCGCCACCACCGCUGCUGCCGCGAAAAGAUGAGGGACGGCGGAGGGAGGAAAAGAAGGGAAGAUACUGGAUGGCAGGGGGCGAGGCGACUCAGCAAAGGCGUCAUUGAUGCUGAUCAAGACGAUGAGAGACGGAGAGAGAAUGAGGGUGCCUCGAUGACGGCGCUGCUGGUGGGAGAACGAGGUUGAAGUGUAGGCUUCUGUGCAAGGUUCGCAGACAGGCAGGCAGGCGAAUGGGAAUUGCGCAGCAGCGGCUUCGAUGACGGCAGCAUCAUCGUCAUCCUCAGCAGUAGCGACGACGACGGCAGCGCAGCAUCGUCAUUCCCACUAGUCACUCACACCUACAUUCCGUCUCACCCAUCUUACCCUCGCAGCUCAAGAUGAAGGUUGAGCAGUGCGCCUUCUCCGGCUCCAAGAUCUACCCUGGCAAGGGCCGUCUCUACGUCCGCCAGGACAGCAGGGCCUUCCGCUUCGUCUCGUCGAAGUCGGAGUCCCUCUUCCUCCAGCGCAAGAACCCCCGCAAGAUUGCCUGGACUCUCCUCUGCCGUCGCAUGCACAAGAAGGGCAUCACCGAGGAGACGGCCAAGAAGCGCUCUCGCCGCACCGUCAAGCACCAGCGUGCCAUUGUCGGUGCUUCCCUCGACAGCAUCGCCGCUCGCCGCAACCAGAAGCCCGAGGUCCGUGCCGCCGCUCAGGCCCAGGCUCUCGCCAAGAGCAAGGACGACAAGAAGAAGCGUCAGGAGGAGAGGAGGGCCAACAAGGCCAAGGGUGCCGUUGCGCACGCUGGUGCGGGCAGCAAGGUCUCCAAGCAGGGCGCCAAGGGUGGAUCGCAGAAGGUGCGCGUCUAAGCGUGCGCGAGGAGCAUCCUCGUUUCUGUCGCUUUGAUUCACUGUAC